GGGUCCUGGAAGCUCACAGAGCCAUGGGAUGGUUGUGUUGGGUUGGGUUGGGUUGGAAGGGUCCUGGAAGCUCACAGAGCCGUGCAACCCCUUCCCCAGAUGUGCGUGACGUACUCCAAGCAGUUCACCCAGCUGGGGAACAUCGUGGAGACAAUCAAGUUGGAGCAGCUGGCGGAGGAAUGCCGGCGCAGCAUGGAGCUGCUGAAGCUGAGCCACGCGCGGGGCGGCCCCGUGCCCAGGCACCGCUACGAGCAGAGGACCUUCAACGUCAUCAAGUGGGGUCCCCCCCCCCUCUGCUUUGGGGUCCCCCCCCUCUGCUUUGGGAUCCCCCCCCCUCUGCUUUGGGGUCCCCCUUCUGCUUUUUGGGCUCCUUUCUCUGCUCUUUGGGGUCCGCCCUCCGCUUUGGGGUCCCCCCUCCGCUUUGGGUUCCCCCCUCUGCUUUGGGGAUCCCCCUUAGUUUUGGGCAUCCUUCCUCCACUUUGGGGUCCCCCCUUUUGCUUUGGGGCACCACCUCUACUUUUGGGGUUCGCUCUCUGCCCUUACGGGUCCCCCCCUGCUUUAGGGGUCCCCCCCUCUGCUUUAUGGGGGUCUGCUCUCUGCUUUGGGGUCCCCUCUUUGCUUUUGGGGUCCCCCUUCUGCUUUUUGGGCUCCUUUCUCUGCUCUUUGGGAUCCCCCCUCUGCUUUGGGGUCCCUCCUCUACUUUUCGGGUCCCCUCCCUGCUUUGGGGUCCCCCCUCUACUUUUGGGGUUCCCCCUCUGCCCUUAGGGUCCCCCCCUCUGCUUUAUGGGGGUCUGCUCUUCGCUUUGGGGUCCCCCCUCUGCUUUUGGGUCCCCCCUCUGCUUUUGGGUCCCCCCUCUGCUUUUGGGUUCCCCCUCUGCUUUUGGGGUCCCCUCUUUGCUUUUGGGGUCCCCCUUCUGCUUUUUGGGCUCCUUUCUCUGCUCUUAGGGGUUCCCCCCUCUCCUUUAUGCGGGUCCCCCCUCUGCUUUAGGGUCCCCCCUCUGCUUUAGGAUUCCUCCCUUCUGCUUUAUGGGGGUCUGCUCUCUUCUUUGGGGUCCCCCCCUCCUCUUUGGGGUCCCCCCCUCCUCUUUGGGGUCCCCCCCCUCUGUGGGUCCC